CUACUUCUCUCUUCCCCCAAUACUAAACCUUACAAUAAAAAUGGCAUUAAUAUUCACAACUUUUAUAUUAGCAUUCUUAACCUUGUUCAUUAGAGUAGCCUAUGAAACAAUAUCUUUUUAUUGGCUAAGUCCUAGAAAUAUAAAGAAAAUAAUGGAAAAGCAAGGGGUUCUUGGCCCUAAACCAAGCCCUCUUGUAGGCAACAUCCUACAUAUGGCCUCACUUGUAUCAUCCUCUACGUCUUCCGAUAUGCCGUCCAUCUCGCACGACAUCGUAUCCCGUCUCCUCCCACAUUACCUUCUUUGGUCUCAAAAAUACGGAAAAAGGUUCAUAUAUUGGAAUGGUUUUGAGCCUAGGAUGUGCUUAACAGACCCAGACAUGAUCAAAGAAUUAUUAAUAAAAUACAACCCUUUAUCUGGAAAAUCAUGGCUUCAACAACAAGGUUCAAAAAAUUUCAUAGGAAGUGGUUUACUUAUGGCCAAUGGUGACGCUUGGUACCACCAAAGACACAUUGUUUCCCCUGCUUUUAUGAGUGAUAAGCUUAAGAGUUAUGCAGGGUAUGUGGUGGAUUGCACUAAAGACAUGCUCCAAUUGGUAGAAAACAUGUUGGAAUCGGGUAAAAAUGAGGUGGAAAUUGGGGAAUUAAUGACUAAUCUUACUGCAGAUAUAAUUUCAAGGAUUGAAUUUGGGAAUAAUUUUGAGAAAGGAAGAAAAAUUUUCAAUCUUCUUAAUCUUUUGCAGAGAUGUUGUGCUCAAGCUAGUAGGCAUCUCUGCUUACCCGGUAGCCGGUUUUUUCCGAGCAAAUACAACAAAGACAUAAAAUCGUUAAAAACUGAAGUCGAAGGACUAUUGAUGGAAAUAAUCGAGAGUAGAAAAGCAUGUUUCGAAAUAGGUAGAAGUGAUUCAUAUGGUAACGAUUUAUUAGGGAUUUUAAUGAAUGAAUUACAAAAGAAGACGACGAGAAAUGGAUUUAAUUUAAAUUUACAAUUAAUUAUGGAUGAAUGCAAAACAUUUUUUUUUGCUGGACAUGAAACUACAGCCCUUUUGUUAACAUGGACUGUGAUGCUAUUAGCAAGUAAUCAAGAAUGGCAACAAAAGUUAAGAGAUGAAAUUGCACAAGUCUGUAAUGGUGCUACUCCUUCUGUUGAUCACCUGCCUAAACUUCGUUUGUUGAGCAUGAUAAUAAACGAAUCACUACGAUUAUACCCACCCGCCACACUUCUACCUAGGAUGGCUUUCGAAGACAUCAAGCUAGGUGAUCUUCUCAUACCCAAAGGAUUAUCAAUAUGGAUUCCGGUGUUGGCCAUUCAUCACGACAAAGAACUAUGGGGUAAAGAUGCAAACGAGUUUAAUCCAGAACGAUUUGCUUCAAAAUCAUCCUUCAUUUCAAGUCGAUUCAUUCCUUUUGGUGCUGGUCCGAGAAAUUGUAUAGGCCAAACUUUCGCAAUUUUGGAAGCUAAGAUUAUAUUAGCCAUGUUGGUUACAAAGUUUAAGUUCACAAUCUCCGAUAAUUAUCGUCAUUCUCCUGUGGUAGUCCUUACAAUUAAGCCUAAGCAUGGUGUUCAAGUUUGCUUAGAGCCCUUAACAUAGAUGAACAUAGACUAUAGUUUUUAGAUUUUCAUUUGAAUUUUUUCAAUUUUAUUUUUUUUGGUUGGGUGUUUUUAAUUAAUUGAGUUUUUUUGGUGCUUUUUUGCACUAUAAGUUUUGUAGAUGAUAAUAAUGUAAUACUAAAAAUUAUACACCUUAAAUAAAAAUGGUUACUAUUCUUAUUCAUUA